AUGGCGAGCAGAGUCUUCCAGUCGAGCCUCAGCCUGUCCAAGAUCCCGGAGCUAUGGAGGGACACCAGUGCUCUGAAGGGAGCCUUCGAGGAGGGCGACCUGUCGGCAGUAGCCGCCAAGCUGCAGACCACACUUCAUUCGCUGGAGAAUGCCAGGCUGGACAUUGGCAUUACCGGGGGCACGGGCUCAGGCAAGUUGACCUUUGUCAAUACCAUCAGGGGGCUGGGAGACGAGGACCCCAAAUCGGCCUACACGGGCGUGGUGGAAAUGACGGUGGGGCCCACGCCAUACGCACACCCUAAGUACCCCAACGUCAUCACCUGGGACCUGCCGGGCAUCAGCACGCCCACCUUCCAGGCUGAAAAAUACCUCCAGCGGGUGCUGCCGGCCCGUUACGACUUCUUCAUCAUCAUCACCUCGGAUGAUGUGAUGAGCUUCACCGCCCACCACGCCCAGCUGGCCCGUGAGAUCCUGCAGCUGGGCAAGCGCUUCUACCUCAUCCGCUCCAAGGUGGACGUGGACAUCGCCGCCUCCCGCAGCCGGCGCCCCAGCACCUUCUCAGAGGAGAGAGUGCUCAGCCAGAUCCGGGAGGACUGUUGGCGGCGGCUGGAGGCGGGGGGCCUGAAGGACCCCAAGGUCUUCCUGCUCUCCACGUUUGAGUUGGGCAAGUACGACUUCCACCGGCUGGAGGAGGUGAUGGCGAAGGACCUCGAGAGCCACGAGCGGCACGUGCUUCUGCUGGCCAUGCCUGCCGUCUCCGAGCCCGUCCUAGAGAGGAAGGCAGCCUCGCUACGGCAGCUCAUCUGGCUGGUGGCCGCAGUGGCCUGUGGCGUCAACCCGAGCCCCGUGCCGGGUGUCCAGGAUGUGGCGUGUGACCUACACAGGCUCAUCGACUCCCUGGAAGGCUACCGCCGCAGCUUUGGCCUGGACAAGGACUCCCUUGUCACGCUGGCGGGCCAGACGGGCCAACCCCUGCGCAAGAUCCUGGAGGCGGCACGGGGCCCGAAGACCGUCACCGAGGCGCUGGUGGUGGAACUGCUGGGCCAGGCCUCCCGGGAUGCCUCUGCUUUCACCCAGGAGCUCCUCAACGUGCCCGUCCUCGGCACCCUGGCCACCUGUGGCCUCUCCUUCGCCACCAUCUACCAGAUGCCCCGCACGUCUCUGGACGAGGCAGUCAAGGACGCCCAGAGAGUGCUGCUUCAGGCCUUCCUCGAUGACUCCCGACCAUGA